GUACAUCGUCACUCACAUUUCCCGCCCAAUCGCCAGCUGGCACUCCUCAAACUCGGCUAACUGCACUCGCUCCCCAUAUAUCCUCUCAUUACGCCCCCCACAACCUUCGGUUCAUUUCUCUGCCUUUUGCAGUUAAUCAUCUCUCUCUCUCGAGAACCUUCUGAGAUCUUUCCAUGGAAGAGGUUACCAAUGAACAGUCAUCUGCUUCCGCCGGCGCUAAGCGAUCGUCCUCCAGGCUGCUUAGGUAUCCGCUGAGAUCCGCUGGAAAGGCCAAAGAGGAAAAGCCUCAAUCAGCCGGUUCAUCCAGCCUGCAUGCCCCCAGAAGGGGAAAGGCUUCCCCAUCGGAUAGCAAGAGUGUGAGUGUCCUUGAUCUCAACAAUGGCUGCAAGGACAAACCUGCAAAGCCUCCAAGAAGAAUGUCUAUUCCCUCCAAGUCAACUGCUAGUCCUGCUUCUUCAGUCCAAGUGGGAAACAUUACUCCAAUUUCUGAGGCUGUUAGAUCAAAAAGGUCUAAUGCUCGUAGUAAUGAAGGGAGAAGUGAUACCCCACUCUCCGAUGUUUCCAGGUCUUUAACCAGAAGGAAGUUCAGUGUUUUAUCUUCGGCAUCAUACUGGCUAACUCAGAUCAAGCUUUCUGAAUCUGCUGCAAAACACUCCAUUUCCCUUGGUUUAUUCAAACUUGGUUUGGAAGCCAGAUGUGAGCCUCUUCAGCGAAUGAGGGAUGAGCUUAAAGCAUAUGCACAACGGCAUAAUCUUGUUGAAGUCGGAGAAGAGCCUGUGAAGCAAUUGUUCGAAUGCUAUAACAUCUUACCAGACUUUGAGCAAUUGCAAGUAUCUCAGACUUGUUCGCAUGUGCCCGAGGAGGGAAACCAAUCUGUGGAUGAUGAAAUACACAGCUCCUCACCUGUGGUGGGCUCUGAGAAACUGGGGACGCCAAAACCGACCCCCUCCACUAAAGAGCCUGCUGAAGAGCAAGCAAAAAAUGAACUAAAGUUGAAAAGUGAUGCUCCCUCAACCAAGAAGCAGCCAAUGCCAACCAAGAAAGAACCAGGCGUAGCCAAUGGACGCAACAACGUGCAAAAGAAGAACCAAAAGCCUAUUAAGAAAGAAGCUAUUAAGGAUGAGGUGAAAUUGCAGGGAAAGAAGACUGUGAAUGAAGAAGAGCCAAUUGAAGUUCCUGCUCCAGUGAAAGUGCAUGAGGAGAACAAAGAAAACACGGAUUCUCUUCAAGCAGAAGAGAUUGGCUGCCGGGUUGAAUAGUGGCAAUGACUAAUGGAAUGUUUGUUCGGUCAUUUUCCUUCGUCUUAGCUAACUCAUAUGAAAACCAUACCUUGUGAUCAGAUUUGGUGUUUAUUUACUUUGUGGCAAGUCUGGUUUGCUUUGUUACCCAUUAUGUUAUAUAUACAGUUCUGUGCUUUUACAGAGUAUGCCAAAACUUAUACUCCCUAUAAUAUCAUCCUAUAUUUUUAAAAUAUUUGCUUAAGCUUUCUCUGAAAAGUGGAGUCUUUAGGUUGCAAGCCCUGUGAGGGAGAUUA